CAAGUUUCUUCCCUUUGCGGUGCAAAGUCAUCGCGAUGAGGAUCAUGGAGAGAGCGACCGAGAUGGUGUUCAGUUUGAUUGACAGCAUACGGCAGCACCAGCUGGCCCACAGGACGGUGUGUUACCUCGUGAUAUCCCUCUGGUUCUUCCGGGCCAUCGACAACCACAACCUGUACUUCCUCAACACUUUCCCCGAGGGGCCAAGGAACAUCCUCACCCGCACCACCACCGCCAGUAGCCUGUGAGCCCCACCGCCCGUGACCCCCACAUGGGCGCUUCCAGCUCUCUGUUGUGCCGUUGCUGCUGCCAACAAGACACAACAGAGGGGCGCAUGUUGGAGGCGGGCAGAGUCUACGACGAGAACCAGAUUGUGGUGGGCGACUCGGAGAGGGGCGGCUCCGGCGACGCCAGCAGCAGCCGAUCGCGAGACAUCGACGUGGCCUCCCAACACACGCAGAGAAGAGACUGGUUCGCCGCCCCGUUCCACCAGUGCAUGAUGGCCGACUCGCCCAAAGCAUCGCAGCAGAGGAAAAGUAGGCAGGCCAGCCAGCCGUCAGACAGGCCGGGGAGGCCGUCCGUGAGAACCAGGCCGAGAGAAGAGUCGAGGGCAGAUGACGCCGCAUCGUCCGCACCACCCAGCGAAGAGUCGCAGCAGCCGCAGGCGGCCCCUUCUCUGCCUUCGAGGCUGAUGAAUCUGCGGAAGGAUGUGUCGAGUGCGUCUGUUGGGACCAAGAAGACGGCGAGUGGGAAGUUGUAUGCGAUGCGGGUCAAGUUGAAGGACGGCAACGAGUACACUGGAGAGGUCGACAAGAGAAACCGGCCACACGGGACGGGCAAACUCACAUACAAGGACGGGUGAGGAUGCGAACAGGGGCCAGUGGUUGCAUGUGGUAUUGCGUAUUGUGUCGUGUCUCCGUUUUCUGUUCGUUCAGGAGUGUGUACAGCGGUGAGUUCAAAGACGGCAAGAGGCACGGAUACGGCCUCAUAUUCUACAAUGACGGCACAAGGUGAAUAACAUCGCCAAUCUGACCUUUCUGUCGAAAUUGGUAUGUCUCUGUGCGUCUGUGUGUGUACUGUGUUGUCAGGUACACGGGUCAGUUUGUGGAUGACUACCGUGAGGGUGAGGGGCGCGAAGUCACACCUGACGACACCAUCUACGUCGGCACAUUCAGGUGGAUGAACGAUGGAAUAGUGAACGAGAGGAAGGCACCCAUUUGACUCAUGUACGUGUCUCCGUCUCUCCAUUACCUGGCAUACAGGGGCGGUUUGUGUGAGGGCCGCGGUGUCCUGACCACACGGGAAGGCCUCCAUUAUGAAGGCAAGCGCACGGUUGUUUUGGCUUCGCACGCUGCAUCCAUCAGUCCAUCCGUGGGUAUGUGUGUGCAGGUGACUUUGCUGACGGCGAUGCGAGCGGCUUCGGCCGCCUCACAUACCCCGACGGACGCACCUACGAGGGGGAGGUCAGCCCAGCCGCACACACGACACACCGAUGGAGACACAAUGAAUGAAUGAAUGAAUGAAUGCCGCACGCAGCACAGUCAUUUGUGUGUCCGUGUGUCUGUUCAGUUCCUGGCUGGCUGGAGUCACGGCAAGGGCAUCAUGACCUUCAAGAAUGGCGUUAAGUACGAGGGACAAAUCGUAGACGACAAACGAGAGGGAAAGGUAAGAUGAUGAGCAACCGCACACACGUACGGUGGAUCAUCGUGUAUGUGUGGGUUUCAUUCACUCAGGGUUUGAUGACUUGGCCCGACGGCAGCUCUUACUUCGGCUACUGGAAGGACGGCAAACAAGAGGGUAAACAGACAGAUGACACAGCAAAUGGACGUUUUUCAUAGGAAUCCAUUGCCGAGCUUUGUGUGUGUCUUUACGUAUUCAGGCAAGGGCGUGUGGACGUCGGCCGACAAGACCAAGAAAUACGGGCUAUUCAAAGAUGGAAAGGUCAGCAACCGCAUCCCCACACGCAUUGGAUUGAGAGAGAAAUGCGCGUGGAUUGAUUGGCUCGUUUGUUCAGCCUGUGCGUUGGAUGCGUCCGCCUCCGAAGGGCGGCAAGAGCAGACUGUCACCGGAGGCCGGCUCGCAGCGAAGCGACUCGGGCCUUCUCUCAUCAGGCUCAUUCCAACAAAUGCCAGACACCGUAAGUGUGCGAUGUGAGACAUGCAUCGGAUGCACAGACAGACAGACAGACAGACAGAGACACCCACUCAACACGCCUACAGGCUUCCAUUCUGUCUGCAGCAGGCGACCCCCUCUCCGCUUCACCAGUCCCCCCCGGCCAGCCGUCAGUCGAGUGUCCCCCAGCAGCCUGCAAGGAAGCUGCCCAAGCCGCCAGGCACCCCAUUCCCACCGCAGAGAGCCGGCGAGAAGAAAAAUGUCAUGAUCAGGGCGCCGGAGGACGCCAAGAAGGGGCAGAGACCGGCAGGGGGAGGGGGAGGGGCCAGGAGAUGAGAUUUUUGCUCUCCACGGGUCUUGAUGGCUGUGUGUAUGUGCCUGUGUACUGCGUAUCCGUGCCAUGCAUGUGUGUGUCGAUAGGCUCUCAUUGUGCGUGUUGCCGUCUGUCUUGGGGGGCUUACGCUUGUUCGCCAUCCGCCCUCUCCUGCUAUCGAACCACCUAUCGCACCUAUCUGCCUAGGGAUUCCGUACAUAGGUUUCCAUGGACAUAAGCCCGUUUGUAGCCUUUAGGCCACUCGCAUAUUGUAUCACGGUACGUGUGUUGCGCUGGAGGUACAUGUUGUGCAUGGGACAGACCUUUCCCUCCGUACGUGGCUUGAUAAACACCAUCUUAAAUCCAC